AUGGCAGAUACAGUCGAAGCAGAUGUUGAUUCAAUUAUUGUUCGCCUUUUGGAAGUAAGAGGCAGUCGUCCCGGUAAACAAGUUCAACUUGGCGAACAUGAGAUUCGAUUUCUAUGUCAAAAAGCACGCGAAAUAUUCAUGAAUCAACCCAUCCUACUGGACUUGGAAGCACCUAUUAAAGUGUGCGGUGAUAUUCAUGGACAAUAUUAUGAUUUGUUGCGAUUAUUUGAAUAUGGAGGUUUCCCCCCUGAAGCAAAUUAUCUCUUCAUGGGCGAUUAUGUUGAUAGAGGAAAACAAUCUCUCGAAACCAUCUGCUUGCUGUUGGCCUACAAAAUCAAAUACCCUGAAAACUUCUUUAUUCUUCGUGGUAACCAUGAAUGUGCAAGCAUCAAUCGUAUAUACGGAUUCUAUGACGAAUGCAAACGACGAUAUAACAUAAAGCUCUGGAAAAUUUUCACAGACUGUUUCAACUGUUUACCCAUUGCUGCAGUGAUUGACGAGAAGAUUAUGUGUAUGCAUGGUGGACUUUCCCCCGAUUUACAAACCAUGGAGCAAAUUCGUAGAGUGAUGCGUCCUACCGAUGUACCAGACACCGGUUUAUUGUGUGAUUUGCUAUGGGCUGAUCCUGACAAGGAUAUUACCGGUUGGAGCGAAAACGAUCGUGGUGUCUCAUUUACAUUUGGAGCUGAUGUUGUGUCUCGAUUUUUGCAAAAACAUGACCUGGACCUCAUUUGUCGUGCUCACCAAGUCGUUGAGGAUGGCUAUGAAUUUUUCGCAAAGAGACAAUUAGUUACCUUGUUCUCUGCGCCCAAUUAUUGUGGAGAAUUCGAUAAUGCGGGUGCUAUGAUGAGUGUUGAUGAAUCUUUAAUGUGUUCAUUCCAGAUCCUGAAACCUGCUGAAAAAAGAGCAAAGUAUGGCUACAAUUCAGCCAAGGGAAGACCCAAGCAAAAGGCAUAA